AUGACUUCCGCCCACUCGUCAUCUGAGAGGGCUACGCCCCUGGAUUUCUGGAUCGUCACUAAGAUUGAUGGAGUCUACCGUCCCCUCGCCGGCGUCCGCCGGAACCGACCCUAUAAAAAGGGGUUGGAAGUGCCUACUAAAGAAGGAUCAACUCCAUUCUGGUGGAUAAUAACCAUCUUCUCCGACCCAGCGAAUCGUGUCGGUAUUGAAGCCGAGCGGGCUAUGGCUAUAGACUUCUACCGCGCUGGCUUUAAAUCGUGGGUGUUAAUAUUGCUGUAUGAAGAACCCCCUAACUUGUCGAAUAGGUCCGUUGUUGUUGAACACCAAUUCCCUUUUAUAGUGGAAUGCUUGUUGCUAGGUGUCUGUCACCAUCGUUCAAAUGAUCUUUACAGGCAAAAUACUAAGCCACUGGUGUUUAUUGACUCAAUAUACAAGCCAGAAUGGCGCCCAGGCAACACGAUUGUCUUUGACAUUACUAAUUUAGACGACUUGCGCGGCGGUAUAAUAUUGCCUGGCGUCAUGACAACGCAGCCAUACCAUUUAUUUUCCGCCUUCGAUUUCGUAAAAGAAUUCGGCUACAUCGAUACUAUUGGAGAUAUACGAACGUUAGAGCAUUUGAAGCCAAUAGACCCGUUAGUUGUAAAUUUCACCCAGAUAUCUAAUAACGCGAUACCUAUUACACAUAUUAUGGACCCAUUAGGGUCUGUUUUGAACCAAUUCGUCACAGCUUUGAUCGAAAGAACAGUAUUUGUAUAUGUCUUUGAUGAAUGCAUUUUGGGUAUCCUUCGAGGCCUACCUAAUUUGAAGGAUCUAUUACAACGACACUUAUAUCUAUCAGGAUCGCUUGGUAGAACGCGCUCGGCUGGACAAUUUAUAGGCCUUGCUUUUGCCGAGGAGACCCACGUUGACCUGGUCAGGUUCAGGGGCAUAUCCGUAGAGGCUCUCGGAUUUGCGUUCGAGACAGGAGAUAUGAGCAAUACGAGAUCCCUCGCCCUUUGUGUCGACAGUGUCCGAGGCUUAGGAAUAGCAAGGAUGGAUGCGGAAUUAAUCAUAAACGCAGUAUCCAAGUUACCUUCCUUACGGCACCUGUACUGUUUCCUGGAGCCGGGGCGAGAUAACUGUACGUUGAGCAGGGAGCUUUAUAAGCUUGUCAUGAAUAGAUCGGACCUGUUGCAGCGCAUGGAGGUCACUUUUAAUGGAUCAUUCUCUUUGUCGUUGAGAGAGAUGCCCUGGGUCGGAUCCCCUUACCCAGGUCACCUAGCCUCCGCAUGUCACCCGCCCUCUGGAGUGGUCCCUAUUCAACACAUGUUUAUGCGUCGCUGCCGACCAGCCGAACCGAGCCGAAUCAGCAAUAUCGAUUGGACCACCUCAUACUACUUAGCACACGGGCUACUCAGGCCGGAGGCAUUUGCGGCUAAGUUUUUACGCUAUCUUUGGCAACCACCUGGCCGCCUAGCCGCCUUUUCCGCAGGACCGCCGUCUCUAACAGACAUGUCUCGCAUUGAGAUUCGCCCCCUACUAGAAUGGAAUAGCUUGCAGGGCAUUUCACAAGGAGCGUGGGUCUUGCUUCUGUCGAUAGAAGGGAAAAGUCAAGUGCAAGCGGUGAAAUAUGCUCUUGUACGCAUGAAUGGCAACUCCUAUAAAAAGUUCACCGCUUACGGAGCCAGCGUAACGCCAUCUGAAAUCGACGUCGUCGGGCUCAAAGAAUUCCUGGCAAUUUCGGCACCGGCCGUGGAUCCGGCCCUGGUAGAUCGAUCGCUGGCAGAAACCACGAAACAUAUGGCGAGUUGGGUAAAUGAGGCAGAUCAGUCUCCAGGACUGGAGCGUUUGAGUGUUAUGGACCUCUAUGAAGCAGUUAGUAUGCUGAACGGAUGCUUGGAAAGCGCUUUUGACUUUAUAGAUUCUACUUCUUUAAGCAGAUCAACGCAAGAUCCUGCGUAUUGGUACUUGCCGGCGCGUGGUGGGCGUUUGUGA